AUGGCUGCAGACGACUGGGUGUACGAGCUUACUAGCGACGAUGAAGCUGAUGGCCAACACUCAGACAUCACCGAUUCUGCCACCAGUGAACUCAACCAUGGCGCUAGUUCCCCGCACAGCCAGCUUCCCCUCGUUCCAAAGCCACUGCCGUUCCUGAAAUAUGCAGACUGGGUUCCAGGCCGGUCAUACGACGAAAAGCCCCUUCGGUUGAUGCUCUAUACUAUGCAAUGGAAGUUAACCCUGGAUAAUAGAAAGGCUGUUGAACAAACCGAGAAGAAUCUACCCGUAGCACCGAGCGAAUUUUGGAAUCAAGUACUCUCGGCUAAGUUCGUCGAGAUCAUCAAUACGAAAAGCAAGCCCUAUGAGAUUGGUGAUACAACUAUUGUUUUAUCGGUCCCUAAUGACCGGUCCGAAGACAAAGUUUCAAAGCAUUAUACUAAAAGACAGCAAAUCGAUUGGCUAAGUAUUGAGGAGCAACUGCAAGGAUGGAGCCAGCUUCUCCGCGCUGGGAAGAGGCUGAAGCUCCAGAUUCAGCAGGACUACAAAAAACUUGCCACUACGGGUCGGCCCGCUGGGCGAGGUGCCACAGCUAUAGGCCUUGCAGAGCGGAGCGCCUGGAUGGAUGCAGAGCUGGAGGCUACUGGCGAGCUUGAUCCAUGGCGGCGGGUCUACCAGCUUAUGAGAUGCCCGGGAGCCCCGUGCGACAAUGGGGAAUGGUGCUGGCAGGACCGACAACAACAGGGAAAGCAUUUCAAACUCAUGGACCAUCAUUUGAGAGAACUUGUCCGAUGGGUUCAGCGAGGCAACAAGUUAGACACGCAUGACGAUAUUCCCGAGGAGUUCCGAACGAAGAUAUACGCCGAAGAUCAACAAGGUCGCGACCGCAAGCGCAAGCGACAAAGCUUAGGACCGGAUUCUCCUAGCCAUGCCCCCGUAAUUAUUCAUAACCACAUCUCUGACUAUGUACCAGCGCAGAACGCGCAUUCCCCAGACCCGGGAAGCUGUUCUUGCAGUCGUCUGCCUCCCCUAUGCGUGCUUGGACUGAGGGAUGAUGCUGUCGCGGUGUAUCGUGACUGGCAUUGCUCCAGAGUGGGGAGCGAGAUCCAAAGAGAACAUUUCGAACUGGCUUAUAACCUCACAAUGGCAAGAGGACUAGACCUUGAACUUCUAUAUGAGGAUAACGAUGCUUAA